AUGGACUAUACUAGAGCAACUGAAGUGGCUAAUGACACUAACUUAGAUGUUGGAACUACCCAACAUAAGCUUGUUUCUCCACAUGGAGGUCUUACCCGGAUGGAUAACGACCAUUCGAGUUCUCAGGUUGUAAAGGAAACUCUUCAAUCAAAUAUUGAGAUUCCUAAUGAGAACACAGAUGUUUUCAUUAGAGCAUUUAAAAAUCGUUUAAGCACCCUAGAGGGCUUAUACGAAAAGACUAUGAUGAAGCAUGACGAAUUUCUUAACUCAAUCGAAGCUGGUGACUAUUUAAGCAAAAUCACUAAGCUGGAAGAGGAAGAAAAAGGUCUUGAGCUGAACAUAGAAAAAUUAAGGACGAAAAUCAUUGAUAGAGAAGGACCGUUAAAUAACAGAACCACUGCUCAUACAAGAACGUCCAUUAAUAAUACUGUAACAAACGGCAGUAACAAGGAAGAAGGUAAUCAACAAACUAACUUGAUGAACAAUGGAUCAUUAAUGUUCAAGACAUUAAAUGGUAAAGAAGUUGUUAUCAAUAAGAAUUACCUUCCACUUAAUAUUGAAUUUAAACUAAUCAAUAUUGAGGACCUUCCGUUGUGGAUCAAGGAAUUCGUUAAAUUCCUAAAUUAUUACAAUUUAGAUAAUUUAAAUGAAUUGCCAGAAUCUACAAUAAUUGACCCUGUAGAAGAUCAAUUCAUAAAGGGUCAACUCAAGGAAAAUAUCAAGUGUGAAGAUAUAUAUGACUUUAUCUUCAUGGAGAAUAGUUCCAUUGAAAUCUUAAACGAAGUUAAGAGAAUUUUCUUAAGAAAACUUAACUUUGCCAAACGCCAAAAAUUAUGGAAACAAGUGUCAAUCACUGAGAAAUCCAAUAAUUUGGCUUUACAACUAAAUUUAUUGAAUAAAUUAGUUGGAAUUGAAGAAUUCAUUGACACCAAUAAGAUGGAAAUCUUCAAUUUGAUUAUCAAUAGGAUUAACAAUCAAGUAUUGCAACGAAUUAAUGCAGUACCUAUUGAUCUAUCAAAAAUAACUCCUACUCAAUAUCUAGGAAUUAUUAAAAAACACGCGGAGGAUGCUUUUGAAUUUCAUGAACAAAUAAAGCAAUUUUAUUUAUCUGAACGAGAAGAAGCCAAAUCUAACUCUAAAAAUCCAGAAACUCUUAGGCCUAUUGUAAAAAAGGUACAGAGAAAUCCAGUACAAACGAAAAUAUCCACAAAGAAGAAUCAAUUAAAAUCAGCUGUGGAUACAGUAAUUGAUUCAGGAUCUGGGAUUAACUUCACCAAUAAAAAGGGAUUAAUUUUCAAUUAUAGAAAAUUAACAACAAUCCCUGAAUAUUCUGGUGUCGGAUCUUCAAGCAAUCUGCAGAUCAUUGGACAGGGGUCCUUAAGAGUUAGAAUGGAUAAUAACGGAAAAUAUCAAUACAUUCCUGUUUACUACUGUCCAGAUGAAGAUGCAACAGUUCUGUCAGCCAUUGGCCUUCGCAAAACACUUGGUUUUAUAAUUACCGAAGAUUACAAAAAUCUAAAGAAUGACAGCAUUAGUAUUAAAAUACAUAACGUAGCCAAUACUACCUGGAUAAAGUCUAAUGAUUUACUAUUAUCUUCCAAAGAUAAUAGGACUUCGGAAAAAUUAACGAAGGCGUCAUCCAUAAGAUGGAUUAAACCUUCGACAAGCUUUAAUAAUAAAACUGUGACUAUACAUGAAGCACAUGAAAGAUACAAAUCAUCUUCCUGUAGAUGUCAUAGUUCACAAUAUUGA